AUGGCUCUACGAAAGGGAAAAACAGCCACUCCGGCGCAGAAGAAGAACCUUGAGAACGCUCGCGCCGCUCAGUCCUCUAAGGCAUUAGAUUCGAAAGGCACGCGCGCCUCAGCUCAAAUUAAUUAG